AUGGCGGAACAACCUCUCCCGUUCGAGGAUCAUGCAAUUCCGGCCGUCGACGACGAAGAAGACUACACUGGUGGCGAUGAUACUAGGGAUGAAUUGGAAGAGGAGACGCAUGUCGAUCCAAUGAACGCUUCAGCUAGUGCGAAUCACGACGGCGUCGUUUUGCCUAUAACCCGUACUGGUGUGCUCACUCUUUCUUUUGAGGGUGAGGUUCACGUCUUUCCCGCUGUCACACCUCAGAAGGUUCAAGUUGUUUUGCUGCUUUUGGGAGGACGUGAUACGCAAGCGGGCAUGCCUACUGAUGAACUUCCAUUUGAUCAAAGUUAUAGGGGCAUGAGGGAUAUUACAAGGCGUCUGAAUCUUUCCCGAAGAAUAGCCUCCUUAGUCAGGUUCCAUUCAAAGCAUCAAACAACUCGCAGUGACAACAACGUUGACAUCACCAGAUCAUUAUUUGCAAGCUACAACUGA